CAGUGCUGGGUGCUGGGUACUUCAUCUGAUCAAGACCAAUGGGGGGCGCCAGACUCCUACACCAGAGCCCCUCAUUGGAGAUGUGGACCUCACCAUAGCUCUGCACUGGCCCCCAGCCUCCCACAUCCGCUGUGGCUCCACAGGAGGAAAUGAUUGUGCCGGCGUCUUGCCUCAGGUUGGUUUCGGAAGCUGGCCUUCACAGGUUUCCUUCUGGCGGAGGCCAGGAAAGCAUCUCUUUGUGAAGGGCCUCUGACUUGGCAACAAAGAAAGCAAAAAUGACGACCUCAUCCAUUAGACGGCAGAUGAAAAACAUUGUGAACAAUUACUCCGAGGCUGAGAUCAAAGUCCGGGAAGCCACCUCCAAUGACCCGUGGGGCCCGUCCAGUUCUCUGAUGACCGAGAUCGCGGACCUUACCUACAACGUGGUGGCCUUCUCGGAGAUCAUGAGCAUGGUGUGGAAGCGACUUAACGACCAUGGCAAGAACUGGCGGCACGUGUACAAGGCACUGACGCUGCUGGAUUACCUCAUUAAGACGGGCUCCGAGCGGGUGGCCCAGCAGUGCCGCGAGAACAUCUUUGCCAUCCAGACCCUCAAGGACUUCCAGUACGCCGACCGUGAUGGCAAGGACCAGGGCGUCAACGUGCGGGAGAAGUCAAAACAGCUGGUGGCCCUCCUCAAGGAUGAGGAGCGGCUAAAGGCGGAGAGGGCCCAGGCCCUCAAAACCAAAGAGCGCAUGGCUCAGGUGGCCACUGGCAUGGGCAGUAACCAGAUCACCUUUGGCCGUGGCUCCAGCCAGCCCAACCUGUCCACCAGCUACUCAGAGCAGGAAUAUGGCAAAGCCGGGGGCUCGCCGGCCUCCUAUCAUGGCUCACCCGAGGCCUCGCUGUGCCCCCAGCACCGCACAGGGGCCCCGCUGGGUCAGAGCGAGGAGCUGCAGCUGCUGAGCCAGCGCCACCCUUUCCUGCCGCACCUGGGGCUGGCCUCCCGCCCAAGUGGCGACUGGUCCCAGCCCUGCCUCACUUGUGACCGCGCAGCCCGAGCCACCUCCCCACGGGUGUCCUCCGAGCUGGAGCAGGCCCGGCCUCAGACUAGUGGAGAAGAGGAGCUUCAGCUACAGCUGGCUCUUGCCAUGAGCAGAGAGGUGGCUGAGCAGGAAGAGCGCCUCAGGCGGGGCGAUGACCUCAGGCUUCAGAUGGCCCUCGAGGAGAGCCGGAGAGACACCGUCAAAGUUCCCAAGAGGAAAGAGCACGGUGCCCGCCCGCCGCAGACGCCUCUGUUGGACUUGCUGGAUGCUCUCCCCAGCUCAGGCCCCACCACCCAGAAGUCAGAGCCCUGGGGCCCGGCAGCCUCUGCAAACCAGACCAACCCCUGGGGCGGCCCAGCAGCUCCUGCGAGCGCUUCAGACCCCUGGCCGUCAUUUGGUGCCAAGCCAGCUGCUUCUGUUGACCCAUGGGGAGUGCCCACUGGAACCAGCGCACACACUGUUCCCAAGAGCUCAGACCCCUGGGCAGCUCCGCAGCAGCCAGCCCCUGGUGCAGGGAAGACUGACACCUGGGGUGUGGCCUCCGCCGCCAAGCCCAUGUCCACAUCUGGGUCCUUUGAGCUCUUCAGUAACGUGAAUGGUACAGUUAAAGACGACUUCUCUGAGUUUGACAACCUACGAACUGCAAAGAAAGCAGCAGAGCCUGUGGCCCCUCUGCCUUCCCAGGACAACGGGACUACUAGCCCUGACCCCUUUGAGUCCCAGCCCCUGCCAGCUGCCUCAAGUAAGCCCAGCAGCGCCCGGAAAACGCCCGAGUCCUUCUUGGGCCCCAACGCAGCCCUGGUGAACCUUGACUCACUGGUGACCAGGCCCACGCCGCCGGCCCAGUCCCUCAACCCUUUCCUGGCUCCAGGUACAGGCGCCACCUCAGCCCCGGUGAACCCCUUCCAGGUGAACCAGCCCCAGCCACUGACCCUGAACCAGCUGCGGGGGAGCCCAGUCCUCGGGAGCAGUGCAUCCUUCGGGCCUAGUCCAGGGCUGGAGCCUCUGGCCACAGCCCCCAUGACCUCCACAGCCCCACACCCAGCUCUGGGGGCUGGGGGCCCCUCUCUGGCACCCCUGGGCCCCUCAGCGACGAACAUGGUGGGCAGUGUGGGCCUUCCUCCAUCAGCAGCCCAGGCCUCUGGCACGACCAACCCUUUCCUUCUCUAGCGCCUGGCCUGGGGCUGGCCCAGUGCCUGUGCCACAAGACACCGAGUUGGGACUCUGGUCUGUGGGAUGCUGGCUGGGGGGUGAGGUUUGGGGAGCGGUUGGGUUCUGGCUUCCUGAUAAAAGGAUUGUCCCUGCAGCCCAGUCCAACAGCCUGGAGCAGCACACGGGCAUCUCCACUCUACCCUACCUGACUGGUUCCCGCUGCCUCCUCCCAAAUGCUCAGGUCUUGGCUGGGCUCCUCCAAGGCCCUGGACAGGGAGGCCGAAGUAGUCAGUGCUGCCCUUCCCAUGGCCCGAGCCAGUCCCGGGAGAGGGGACAGUCAUUUCCGCCCUGUGUGCCCUGCCCUGGGCCGCCCGGCCACCCCCAGACGCUGCUGCCCUCGUGGGGAAGGGGCCUGCGGGUCCUGUUCCUUCCCCUUGUGUGAUCAAGGUCAAGAGCAGCCGCUGCGGACCACUCUGGACUGGACUCCACUUGCGCGAGCUUUACAACUAAUCCGAGCAUAACCCUGCCACGUGGCUCUGUGCUGUAACGUUUGCACAUAACCUGUUUAGUACAGUUUCAUAUUUGA